AUGGGCAGGAAAAGCUUCAGCUCCAUCUUCUCCAAGCCCCCGGCCAGCGCCGACGAGUCCUCUCCGCCGUGGCCGUGGCCGUCGUGCCGGAACCCACACACCAGCUCCUUCCGCGACGAAGACAGGCACCGGCCGUGCGUCACAGCGGCCGUGGGCAGGAACCCAGCGGCGGCUGAGAGGCUCAUCCGCGGGGGUGCCGGGGAAAUGUACAAGACGGUCAACUCCGUCUACCAGCUCGACUACCUCUCCGCCGACGGCUCCUGCUUCGGCGACGAGGAGGAGCAUGGCGUGCUGGAGCUGGAGCUGGACGACGACGACGACGGCUUCUCGACGACGACCGCGUCGGAGGAGUGGUCGGAGGCGGUGAUCCGCAGCCUCGGCCGGACCUCCACCGACCGCUUCUUCGUGGACCCGGGCCCGGCGUCCAACUCCAUCAUGGCCCUGUCGCCGGGGAAAUCGUUGGCGGCAGCGGCAACGUCCGAGGAGACGGCGGCGCCGUCGGAGCCGUCGUCGCUGGUGGAGGAGAGCGUGGCGGUGGCGGUGGACUCAGAGGACCCGUACGGGGACUUCCGGGCGUCCAUGGAGGAGAUGGUGGCGGCGCACGGCCUGCGCGGCUGGGACGCCCUGGAGGAGCUCCUGGUGUGGUACCUCCGGAUCAACGGCAAGCACAACCACGCCCUCAUCGUCGGCGCCUUCGUCGACCUGCUCGUCGGCCUCGCUGGGCCGCCGCAGCAGCCGUCCUCUUCCGGCGCCGCGCCAACCGCCACAACCACGGCGACGACCAUGACGUCCGCGACGAGUAGGAUCGGCGGGAGUACCACCAGCACCAGCACGUCCAGCAGCACAUGCGCCUGCGGAGGUGACACCACUCCCACCACCGCAACGGCGGAGGAGCAAUGCGGCGGCCGCAGCGACGACGCCUCGCGCUCGCCUGCAUCGUCAGACGACCACGGCCUGCUCGACAAGGAGGUGGAGGAGGACCUCGUCGGCGACAAGGCAGGUGACGACCGUAGCAUCAGCAGUACACGGUAG